CUCGCAUGUGAGAAAGAACUUCCUACUCGACGAACGGUAAACCUGCGUUUUCCGGUCCUCAAGGCGCCCUCUCGGAAAACAGAGGAGUGACUGUGUUUGGUCCUUUUCGAGGGCGAGAGUUCGUUCAGCAAUUCGUCACGUGGAUUGGACUCCGUGGGUGGAUAGUUCCCUGGGUGUUUCCGCUUUUUUUGGAACAGAUUCCUUUUCCUUCACGAACCGUUGACGCGAGGGGCUCACCGUUGGUGACGAGGAGCUAUUUUCCAGCUCGUUGCCCCCCAGGUUUUUCGCUUUUUUUUUCGUCGCAUGUUCUGCGCGCUCCAAUUUCGCGUCCGUGCUGCUUGUGGCCCUUCGGACUUUUCGGUUCUCUUUCUUCGAACUGGUCAGUCUCUCCUCGCGUCUCGGCGCCGACACCGCACCCCGGACUCACACACGGAUACCGCCCGCUUUUGGAGAAUGUCCGUCUUUUUCUGUCCAGUCCUGACCGUGAACCUCAUCGGCAGACCUCGAGACUUCUGUGUGUUCUUCGAAAAGGAAAUUCAUUUCCCCGUCUUCUCGACAUCCCCGUCGCGCCAGACAGACCCUGCAUCGCUGUGUGUCUUGCUGGCGUGAGAUCCUCUUUCUCUUCCACCCUUCUUCCAACGUCCUCUUGCGUUACCGGUUCGUCUGUUUCGAAGCCUGGGGUUCGUCGCCUUCGAACGGUACCUCGUCGCUGCUGUCACCGCGAGUCGCGAGCAGACUCGACGGCACGCGUCUUUGCCUCCGUUUCCUCUGUAAAGCGUUCGGCCCUCUUUCUUGUCCGCUUUUACCGUCUGGCGCGGGUGGAAGUGGAGGGUUCGAGGGUGCAGGAGGACGCUUUUUCCGGAAGAGCACCGUGCUCGAAUGUUUCUCCGCGCUUCGCCAUGGGUGACGCAAGAGCCGCCUCUGAGGGUCUUGCCCAGGGGGGAGACUCUUCUCUUUCGACUUCCGGACCUGCGUCCGCUUCUCUCUUCCUCAGGGGAGAAGUCUGGGAGCAUGCGCUUCUCGCUCCUGCGAGAGGCGGUCUGUGGGGUCUCGAGGGCGCGAGCAGCUACUUGCAAGCGUUCGCCAGGUACGUGAAGACAGAGAGAGCGCGUUCCGAGGACCUGUGCGUCUCGGUCUCUCUCCGCGACUGGGUGGAGUUCAACAGAACCUGCAGCUGCGCCUCUCCCGCGGAGCUCGGCGCUGCGUCAGCCUCUCCCCACCGCUUGACGAGUCGCCACGGCUGCGCAGAUGCAUCCCUCGACGAGGAAGAGCUCCAUGCCUUUUGGCAACUGUUUGUCUCGGUGCUGAGAACCGUCUCGACCUCGCUCUCCUUCCUCGCUCCUUCAGAGGAGAAAGGAACACGAGAGACGAGCUCCGCGCGACUCCGCGCUCCGACGCAACCUUGCUCCGCGACCUCCACGGACGCCGCCUGGCCCAACAGAGACUCGUCGUCUCCUGUUCUUCAGACGGCUCUCGAGCGAUCGCUCGCGUCCUCUCGCGAGUGCGUGGAUCUGCGAGCUCUGGCGCUGCUGCUCCUCAUCCAAGAAAGUCGCAGCCUGCGUCUGCCUGUGAACCCCAGGAGCACAGACGAUCCCUGGCGCUCGCGCGCGUCGGGAGCGACGGACGCGAGAGACUUCAGUGGAGGCGCCUCUGCCGCGGGAGCUCCUGCACUCGGUGGCGGUGCGCGCGGCGAGUCGCCCAGGUACCUGAGUCGCGAAUCGGGGCCGCACGGCAUUGCAGACGAAAGUCGGCUUCGAGUCUUUCUUCAGCAAUCUCUUCCUGUGCUGCUUCAGACAGUCGUUGCUUGCAGUCGAGAGCUGGAGAAGGCGCACUGUCAAGAAGACGAGGAGAAUGUCUUCGCGGACUCCAAGAUCGGGCCGGAGGACUGGAUUUCAGCUGAAGAAGUGGAAGUCUUCUCGCUUCUCUUCGCCUGCGCAGAUGGUGGAAGCGUUGUGACCGCGUUUUCGCGCUCCGUCUCCGAGCCCGGCGCGACGGACGACGCGAAGAGAAAGUUCGAGAAAAACGCUUUUCUGGUCUGGUUGAAGCGGAGACUCGCGUGGAACGAUCGACUGUACCCCUCGCGUCAGAGCCUGGCAGGGAGCUGCGCGCUGUUUUAUGGCGCGAAGCGUUCUCAGCAGUUCGAGCGCGUCUUCGUCGUGGCAGAGGCACACGGGCGACGGCUGGUCAUCGACAGAGAGAGUCUCGGGACAACCCAGCCUAGAGAUCGAGUCCUCAUCAUCAACUGCAGCGAGUGCGACAUAUUCCUCAAUGCCCCUGUCUCCUCGGUGAAAAUGGUGAGCUGUUCCAACUCCUCGCUGAUGUGUGGACGCCCGGUCGACGGCAUUCUUUCUCUCUACAAUACCCAGCGACUCGAGGUCCACGCUGCGGCUUUCCUCAUUCAAGCAUGCAACACGCUGGACGCCCAGCUGUUCGUUUGCAGCGCCUCUCCACCUCUGCUCUGUGGAGACACCCGGGGAAUUGUUCUGGCCCCGCUGGACAUUCCUCUCUCUCUCCAGGACCUACAGCGAGAAGGCAGAAAAGGAGAGCAGAGCCGAAGAAAAAACAGAAGUUUUGCCGACGAUGCGACCGGAGAAACAGACACGGACGACGACGACGAGGAAGUCUUUCUGUUUGGGCGACCUCUCUCCUGGGCGUCCACGGCUUUCGCGUUCCCUCUCUCUGGUGGCGGAUGCGGGUCCUGUGUCUCCGCGCUCUCUUCGUCUUCUGCGUUUCCUUCUUCUUCAUCUCCUCUCUCUUCGUCUACAGCGUCCCCGGCUCUGCCUGUGGGCGAAGGCUCUGCGACGCGAUGCAGCAGCGCCGGCGGCCGAAGCAUCGCAGGCACCUCGCAGAUUUUCCAGCUUUUGAAUCCCAAGCACUUCAACCCCAUUUCGAUGCCGAGGCCUGCGCCGCGACGUCCUCACGCGCGAGUCGCCUCCGACGUUUCUCAAAACUGUCAAGACUCUCGAGGUUCUGAAAAGGAAACACUCGAGGAGACAAAGACAACAAACGAGAACGAGAAGGCGGCUGCAAGCGCAGAGGCUGACAGAGAAGAAGGACUCCUUGCCCUUCCUGAGGACUUUGCUGAAGCUCUCUUUGAGAAGCAGAAAGAGGUUGAAAGUAUCCACGAAAUGAUGGAGAAUUUGAAUUUGACGGAUCAACAGCGAGAAACGUUUUUCCAGAUUCUCGCUCUCAUGUUGCAUGAUUUCUGUAGAAGACACUCAGCACGGGCAAGUCGGCUCGCAACAGGUCACGUCCCUCGACACGAUGAGAUUGCACGGUCGAGAGAAGCGAGCACAGGGAGCACAGGGUGUUGAGGACACUGUUUUCGGGUGUGUUUCCUCUUUCUCACUUUUCUCUUGCUUUUGCCGAGCUUUUUUUAUUUCUCUCAUGUUCGCUUUCUUGGGUUUUUUUAUCUGGAGGCUCUCUCGACGCCUCACAAAGUCCCCUGGGACUCCCUCGCACGGAUAUCCUUUCUCAAACUUCGCAAGUCACACCUCUGCACCGCCGCUUGUCCGGUUCAACUUUCUUGACGCGUGAUCUCUCGGUUUCACUUCAGCAGCUCUUCUCCUCUCGACGGUGCUCCGCUGACACAGGAGAGAGCUUGCAUGCGCGCCGCAAAGACCUUUGCGCUGUACUCCCGCAGACCUACGCAGAUGCUCAUGUGGUUUGUACGCCGGUCCUGGGAGUGAUGGCGACUGAGGCCUCUCGAGAGCCGUUUGUGGGGUGUAACAGGAGUGCCGUUCUUUGCACGGAGAAAACUGUCGCACACGUUCGAGGCAAACAGUAAAGUUCACAGAGG